AUGACAACAUUAGAGAACACAACAAUUGCUAUCGUUCAUGAAGCCAUAAAUGAAGAAUACGAGUACAUACAAUAUAACAAACAACUUCGCCUCAUUCGUUCGGUCAAAGAUGACAUGUACCAAAUGCAAAGUAUAAUGAAUGCUCUUCGUUCUACAAAGCAAGCAUAUCAUUGGUUUGAAAACCAACAGACAAAAGAACUUUUAGAAGAAUUUCCUCAUAUGAUUGCUUCCCUCGGAAAACCGAGAGAAGAGAUUCCGUACGAAAAUCGCAAGAAUUUGGCUCCUGGUUUGAAAGGUUAUUAUGUUCAUAGACUUUUAGUAAACGCUGUAGCAAUGUGGGCUUCACCUCGUUAUGCUUGUUAUAUUUUCAUGAUGUUAGAUGAACUAUAUAAAGCAGAACGUGGAGAGAUGGAAAAGAAACUUCAAGCAAAAGAUGAAGUCAUUGAAUCCAAAGACAAAAGCAUACAGAAAAGAAUACCGCGUUCAGUACCAAAAGGAAAGGAAAAGAGUUAUAAGUAUAUGAUAUAUACUGAAGAGAUGGAGAAAGAAGAAGAAGAGAUAUGGUUAUGUUGCAUUUAG